AUGGUGCAAUCUGUGAACCUCGGCCCCACAGUGAUCGCAGUGUGCGCUUCCAUGACUGUUGCUGCUGCAAUUUUUCUGGGCCUUCGCUUGUACUGCAAAAUCACCCGCGGGAGGACGUUCUGGUGGGACGAUCAUGUCCUUAUAGCGGCUUGGACAAGUCUUGCGAUUGCCACUGGCCUCGCCGUUUACAUCGUCACGCUGGGUUUCGGCAAAGAGAUUGAGGACGUUGACCCAGCGAAUGUGCCGACUAUCAUCCUGACGGCAACGAUCCUCAGCCUCUUUGCCGUCUUUGCGGCAGCGUGGAGCAAGACGUCCUUUGCGUUGACUUUGAUUCGACUCGUCGACAGCUGGAUGAAGAAGCUUCUGUGGACAGUUGUCGUGGCGAUGAAUAUUGUUAUGAACUUGGUUAUUAUUUUUUCGUUUGUCAAGUGCACCCCAGUAGGAAAGGUCUGGGACUCGAGUAUACCUGGAACAUGUUGGGAUCCAUACGUCACUACUUAUUACAAUAUCUUUGCCGGAGCGUUCUCUGGGCUUAUCGACGUCUUGCUUUGUAUCCUAUCAUGGUUUAUUAUAUGGAAACUCUCUAUGCGGACACGGGAGAAAAUUGGCAUUGGGAUUGCCUUGACUUUUGGUAUUUUGUAUGCGUCUUCCUCGCAUCCACUCUGUUUUUUUGCUGACGCGAGUCCUAGCGCCGCUGUAACUGCAGCCGUCAAAUACGCUGGCGUGGGAAUUAUUAUGUGGGGUAUCACUGAAUGUGCCGUCACCAUCAUGGCGGCAUCCAUUCCUGUGAUGCGCAUGCUCUUCCUCAACACCAGGCCACAUCUCCGUCGCUCUGACCUAGACCGUCGACGCGGGAGCUUACGCAAACUCAAUUUUAUCACUAUGCGGAGCAAGAAACCAUCAGUGACCAUGACGACGCCAAGCGACGGUACCCCAGCGGGAGGCAUUAUAUCUGAGCGUGGGGAUGUCGAGAAUAAUCGCAUCCCCUUUACCAGGACAGAAUCUGAUAUCCGAGAUGAAGUUAACGACGACUGGGUGCGGCAUCAACAUACAGAUAAUGGGAUUAUGGGCGAGGAGUAUGAGUUACAGGAAUUAGGGUCAUCCGCUACUCAUGUUCAGCGCCGUUAUUAA